AUGUGCCAACUCAUAAAACCACAAGCUAAGAAGAAUAAAUAUGACAAAUGUGUUACAGCUUCAGGCGAGCUGAAGGCUGCCUCAGUGAGUCUCGACUCCAUAGGUGAGCUGAAGGCUGCCUCAGUGAGUCUCGACUCCAUAGGCGAGCUUAAGGCUGCCUCAGCCAGUCUCGACUCCAUAGGCGAGCUGAAGGCUGGUUCAGCGAGUCUCGACUCCAUAGGUGAGCUGAAGGCUGCCUCAGUGAGUCUCGACUCCAUAGGCGAGCUGAAGGCUGCCUCAGCGAGUCUCGACUCCAUAGGCGAGCUGAAGGCUGCCUCAGCGAGUCUCGACUCCGAGCUGAAGGCUGCCUCAGCGAGUCUCGACUCUAUAGGCGAGCUGAAUGCUGCCUCAGCGAGUCUCGACUCCAUAGGCGAGCUGAAUGCUGCCUCAGCGAGUCUCGACUCCAUAGGCGAGCUGAAUGCUGCCUCAGCGAGUCUCGACUCCAUAGGCGAGCUGAAGGCGGCCUCAGCGAGUCUCGACUCCAUAGGCGAGCUGAAGGCGGCCUCAGCGAGUCUCGACUCCAUAGGCGAGCUGAAGGCGGCCUCAGCGAGUCUCGACUCCAUAGGCGAGCUGAAGGCUGCCUCAGCGAGUCUCGACUCCGAGCUGAAGGCUGGCUCAGCGAGUCUCGAGUCCAUAGGCGAGCUGAAGGCUGACUCAGCGAGUCUCGAGUCCAUAGGCGAGCUGAAGGCUGACUCAGCGAGUCUCGAGUCCAUAGGCGAGCUGAAGGCUGACUCAGCGAGUCUCGAGUCCAUAGGCGAGCUGAAGGCUGACUCAGCGAGUCUCGACUCCAUAGGCGAGCUGUAG